UUAUUAUUAAUGUGGUGUAGAGUCUUUUUAACAAGAAAAAGAAGAAAAUAAAAAUAUAUUUAUUAAAGUUAAAAAUAAAUUUUUCUAUAAAGUUAGAAGUGUAGGAUAAUGAUGAGAUAUCAGAAGGUUAAAAGUGAAAUUUUUGGAGGUGCAGGAUGAGAUAGGAUGAUACACUCAGUAAGCGUUGCUGCACUUGGCAUUUUUGCCUCUGCCACGCUUGGAGAAUUGGGCCUCAACUUUGGGUUGCUGUUGCUGCAAUGCAAUUUGAAAACAUUGCUGGAAUGCACUAAUACAUUGGGAAUUGGCUGAUGCAAAUGAAUUUGGGCCACUGGGUUGGGCUCCAACUAAGUGGAACGCUGCGUUUUGAGGAAUGGUAGCAACUGCGGGGUCUUGUUUUAUCAUUUCACUUAGGCAUAAACUCCCUUCAAGGUAAGGCUGAGAGAGAAAAGAACACGAAAAGGGGAAGCUUCCAAUGCUCAAGCUACUUAUCCAGACGCGUCUUACUGAAGAAGAAGCAUGUGACCGAGGCUGAAUCGGAAAUGAGGAGGAGGUAAUCGCAGGGCUGGUGAUCAACGUGGACAAAGAAGGUUAGCCGUCCGAUUGAAGUGAAGGAAGCGUCGGAGAGAAGCUUCAAGAGUUUCAAGGUUCUGUUUUUUUUUUUCUUUUAAUUUUCCCUCCACUUCUCAGACACUAUAAAAAGGGCUUUCAUCAUGUAAUAGACUUUAUACACUUUCAGUUUACAGUUCUCCGUUCUUUAGUUUAGGGUUUUAUUCGCUUUUCUUAUAAUAGAGAUACUGUUCUUGAUUCUGGAUUUCGCUGAUGAGAUUCAUGGAACCGUGACAAUCUGUGAGCUCCUCAUUCGGUGAUAUCUGGCAUCCCGCACUCCGCAUUCUCUCCGGUGGCCACCACCAGCCACCUACAAAUGUACUCAAACUCGUUCUUCACAGAGCCGCUGGUUUCAUCGUACCUAGCACACUGGACACACUGGUUGAAUCGUAGGUUCGUUUUUGCCAAAGUGAGGCUAUGCAUUCGGCUCGUUCGAGAACAGAUUUGAUUUCAUCUGAAGGCAAAACGUAACAGGACGAAGGUGAAGGAUUGUGAAAGCAAUUAUCUUCCACCUUUGAAUGAGGAGACACUGUGACGCUUCACCAACAUGGACGUUCGGAGUAUGGGCAAUCGUUACUUGGCCCAACUCACCCACGCCUCCCUCGCACGUGCCGUCCAUGCUCACAUCCUCACCUCAGGUUUCAAUCCAUUCCCUCUCAUCAUCAACCGUCUCAUCGAUCAUUACUGCAAAUCCUCCAACAUCACUUACGCUCGCCACCUGUUCGACAGAAUUCCCAAACCAGAUAUCGUCGCAACUACCACCCUGCUUUCCGCCUACUCUGCUGCUGGCAACAUCAAACUCGCCCAUCAACUCUUCAAUGUCACCCCCUUGAUCAUUCGUGAUACAGUCAGUUACAACGCCAUGAUCACUGCCUUUUCUCACAGUCAUGAUGGUCACGCCGCUCUCCAACUCUUCAUACAAAUGAAAAGGCUCGGUUUUGUUCCCGACCCGUUUUCCUUCUCAAGCGUUCUUGGCGCCCUGUCUCUGAUAGCUGAUGAAGAGAGGCAUUGUCAGCAGUUUCACUGUGAGGUUCUCAAGAGGGGUUUACUCUCUGGGCCUUCUGUUUUGAAUGCUUUGAUGAGUUGUUAUGUUUGUUGCGCCUCUUCGCCUUUGGUGGACUCUUGUUUGUUGAUGGCAGCUGCUAGGAAGCUCUUUGAUGAGGCACCUCGUGGUCUGAGGGAUGAACCUUCUUGGACUACAAUCAUUGCUGGCUAUGUCAGGAAUGGCGAUCUUGUUGCCGCGCGUGAGCUUCUUGAUGGAAUGACUGAUCACAUUGCCGUUGCUUGGAAUGCCAUGAUUUCUGGCUAUGUACACAGGGGUUUUUAUGAGGCGGCGUUUGACUUGUUAAGGAAAAUGUACUCCUUGGGAAUUCAGCUGGAUGAGUACACUUACACCAGUAUAAUUAGUGCUGCUUCUAAUGCUGGGUUGUUCUAUAUUGGACGACAGGUGCAUGCUUACGUUCUAAGAACAGUGUUGCAGCCAUCACAGCAUUUUGUUUUAUCUGUGAAUAAUGUUUUGAUUACUUUCUACACUAGAUUUGAUAAACUGGCUGAGGCGAAGCAAGUUUUUGACAGGAUGCCUGUGAAAGAUCUUGUUUCAUGGAAUGCGAUUUUGUCUGGGUAUGUCAAUGCUCGGUGCAUUGAGGAAGCUAAUUCCAUUUUCAGGGAAAUGCCAGAGAGGAGCCUGUUGACGUGGACUGUGAUGAUAUCAGGCUUGGCACAAAAUGGGUUUGGAGAAGACGGUUUGAAGCUAUUCAACCAGAUGAAGUUAGGGGGAUUGGAACCAUGUGAUUAUGCAUAUGCUGGAGCAGUUGCCUCUUGUUCUGUUCUGGGAUCAUUAGACAAUGGACAACAACUACACUCUCAGAUUAUACGAUUAGGUUAUGAUUCAAGCCUCUCAGUUGGCAACGCACUGAUUACGAUGUACGCUAGGUGUGGUCUUGUUGAAGCCGCUGAUACAGUGUUUGUUACAAUGCCAUAUGUGGAUUCAGUAUCCUGGAAUGCCAUGAUUGCAGCUCUUGCACAACAUGGGCACGGUGUCAAAGCCAUUCAACUCUAUGAACAGAUGUUGAGGGAGGAUAUAUUACCUGAUCGGAUAACUUUUCUCACUAUUCUAUCUGCUUGUAGCCAUGCAGGUUUGGUCAAAGAGGGACGCCAUUAUUUUGAUACAAUGCGGGCUCAUUAUGGUAUAACCCCAGAAGAGGAUCAUUAUUCUCGUUUGAUUGAUUUGUUAUGUCGUGCUGGUAUGUUCUCGGAAGCAAAGAAUGUCACGGAAUCAAUGCCUUUUGAGCCCAGCGCACCAAUUUGGGAGGCUCUGCUUUCUGGUUGUCGGAUUCAUGGGAACACGGAAUUAGGUAUUCAAGCUGCAGAAAAGCUCUUAAAGCUUAUGCCACAGCAAGAUGGAACCUACAUUAGUCUUUCCAAUAUGUAUGCCACUUUAGGUCAGUGGGAUGAAGUUGCCAGGGUGAGGAAAUUAAUGAGGGAGCGAGGGGUUAAGAAGGAACCUGGGUGUAGUUGGAUUGAGGUUGAAAACAUGGUCCAUGUCUUUUUGGUUGAUGAUGCUGUACACCCUGAGGUGCAUGCUGUGUACAAAUAUCUGGAGCAUCUGGUACAUGAAAUGAGGAAAUUAGGUUAUGUUCCUGAUACGAAGUAUGUAUUACAUGAUAUGGAAUCUGAACAAAAGGAAAAUGCUUUGUCUACUCAUAGUGAAAAGCUUGCUGUUGUUUACGGAAUUAUGAAAAUUCCUUUAGGAGCUAAGAUUCGGGUUUUCAAAAAUUUGAGGAUUUGCGGGGACUGCCAUAGUGCAUUCAAAUUUAUCUCCAAAGUGGUAGAUCGAGAGAUAAUUGUCAGAGAUAGGAAGAGAUUUCACCAUUUUAGAAACGGUGAAUGUUCUUGUGGCAACUAUUGGUAGCAAGAGGUUCUGUUAUUUGAUUAUCAUCAAGUGUUAAUGUUAACAGCACUCCGAUGAAUUUUAGAAUAUAUGAAAUGCAACCUAAAGUCUUUGCAACGGGGAAUUCAGAAUGGAGACUGUAUCGUAUUAGAAUGCCCCAAAAUAAAAGGGUUGAUCACUGGAUGAAAAUUUGUCUUAUGCUAAUCUACUCCUCCACACUGAUACUGAAACCAAAUGUGAGAGCAUAACAAAAACACGAGGUGACGUGCUGUUUAAUCCUCUUGGAAGCAAUUACCCUUUGUCUGUAUCCUCUCCAUAGCAGCAACUUCGAUCUGAAAGAUGAUACAUUAGAUGGAAUUUUGACCGUCCAACUGACCACUGCAUUAAGAUACAUGGAGAGAUAAUUGAACUGUUCAUAAUUUAGUUUUUGUAGAAAAAACUAACCUGUAUCUUAGAAAACUACACUAAAUUGAUUAUGUAUUGAACUGAGAUGUAAUAAAUUUAGUUAAUUAUUUAUACUAAACAACUAAA